GGUCACAUGGCGAGCGUCAGUUGUGUUGCAGGAAGUGAAGCAGUCAUGGAGACGGCUGUAGCGUUACUCUCUGAAUCUGUGCUCGGAUGGUCUAUUUUCACUAUUGUUUUACUGGUCAUCUUGGCCUUCUGCUGGAUUUACAUCCGGAAAUAUCAGAGCCGACAGGAGAGCGAGGUUAUCUCCACCAUCACUGCGAUAUGCGCUCUGGCCAUUGCGCUCAUCACAUCGGCCCUUCUUCCUGUUGAUAUCUUCCUAGUGUCCUUCAUGAAGCACCCCAAUGGCACUUACAAGGAAUGGGCGGCAAACAAUGAGACCCGGCAGCAGAUCGAAAACACAGUUUUGUAUGGCUACUACACUCUGUAUUCAAUCAUUCUGUUCUGCGUCUUCCUCUGGAUCCCCUUUGUGUAUUUCUACUACGAGGAGAAAGAUGAAGACAACAGCAACAAGUGCUUGCAAGUGAAAAAUGCACUGAAGUAUACAAUAGGAUUUGUGAUUGUGUGUUCAGCGCUGCUUUUGAUUGGGACAUUUGUUCCGUUGGAAUCUCCGCCGAACCGGAACUCCACUCAGUGGGAGAAGGUGCAGUAUCUGUUCAAGGAGCUGGGCAGCAGCCAUGGCCUGGCUGCCCUGUCGUUCUCCAUCAGCUCGCUCACCUUGAUUGGCAUGCUGGCAGUGAUCACAUACACGGCGUACGGGAUGUCCGUCCUACCGCUGAACCUGAUUAAAGGCACGCGCAGCAUCCUGUAUGAGCGUCUGGAGAACACUGAAGACACGGAGGAGGUGGAGCACCAGAUAGACAAGCUCAAAGCCAAGUGUGCCGAUGGGCGUCCUCUCUCAAUGAGAGACCGGAGGAACCUCCAGGAUCUCGAAGCCAAGCUACAGGUGCUCCGUCGGCAGGGUCGUCACCUUGAGAUUGCAGAGAGGAACUGCUGCAAUAAAGUGGGCUCAGCUCUCCGUCCCAUGAAGAUCUUGCUCGGGGUCUUCUUCAUCCUGGUGGCCCUUUUGUUCUUCAUGACCUUGUUUAUUUCUAAUCUGGAUAAAGCUUUACAUUCAGCUGGUAUCAGCACUGGAUUUAUCAUCUUUGGGACCAACCUAACCAACCCUCUUAAUGAGCUACUGCUGGCACUGCAACCGGUUUUCCCGCUGGACUAUAUUCUCAUCACAAUCAUCACCAUGUACUUUGUCUUCACUUCCAUGGCUGGGAUCCGUAACAUGGGGAUUUGGUUCUUCUGGAUAAGGCUGUAUAAAAUCAGGCCUCAGAGAACCCGACCGCAGGCCCUACUCUUCCUCUGCAUGAUCCUCCUCCUCAUCGUCCUUCACACCAGCUACAUGAUCUACAGUCUGGCCCCGCAGUACGUCAUGUACGGCAGCCAGAAAUACCUGCUGCAGACCCCGCUGCCCACAGCAGACCCAUCACAGGGCAAUCACACCGCUACCAUCACUAAGAUAUGUGACGCAGACGCUCCUGAAGGUAAGACCGUCAUUCUUUAUCACCCACAGAGUGACUGACUUCAGUGGAUAAUGCUUCACCAUACCAUAGGGAAUGGUUGGUGAGGAGUUGUAAAGAGGUAGU